AUGGAAAACAACGAAAUUGUUUAUGAAUAUAAACCAUUUUUAAGAGUAUACAAAGAUGGUCGAAAAGAGAGGAUACUGGUCAAAAAAUGUAUUCCACCUUCUAUGGAAGAUCCAAAGACAGGUGUUUCAUCAAAAGAUGUUAUUAUUACACCUGAAGUUGGCGUUUCUUCAAGAAUCUAUCUCCCGAAGUUCACCAAACAACAAAAACAGAUCAAUAAAAGGUUUCCACUUCUCCUUUACUUCCAUGGAGGAGCUUUUUGUGUGCAUAGUCCUUCCUCGCCACUCUACCAUAACUAUAUUAGUUCUUUAGUUGCCGAGGCCAAUGUGGUUGUCCUAUCUGUAGGUUUUAGACUAGUACCUGAACACCAUCUUCCUGUUGCCUAUGACGAUUCAUGGGAAGCCAUAGUAUGGGUACUUUCUCACUCUACAGGACACGGUUCUGAGAGCUGGUUGAACAACUAUGUCGACUUCAACCGAGUUUUCAUGGGUGGCGAUAGUGCGGGUGCUAACAUCUCGCACAACAUGGCUAUGCGGCUGGCUGGAACUCAUCACCAAAUGCAAGUGUCACUAAUCGGUUUUCAGUUUUAUGGAGUUGUUUUAAUUCAUCCUUACUUUUGGGAUGAGAAACCCAUUGGUUCUGAGGAGAAAGAUAUGUAUAAGAAGAUAAAAAUGGACAAACUCUGGCCUAAUAUUUGUCCAUCAUCGACUGGUUAUGAUGACCUACUUAUCAACCCCUACAAAGACCCCAACCUUUCAAGCUUAGGAUGCAAAAAGGUACUAGUUUGUGUUGCAGAGAAAGACUUGUUCAGGGACAGAGGAUGGUUGUACUUUGAAACGUUAAGAAAUAGUGAAUGGAAUGGUGUGGUUGAGAUUGUGGAGUCACAAGGGGAAGAUCAUGUGUUUCAUCUGCUGAAACCUGAUUCUGAAAAGGCGAUGAAGAUGAAGGAAUCAGUGAUUUCUUUCCUCAAUCAUCAACAGCAGAUUCCUAGUCGGAUCUAA